AUGAAAGUCUGCUGUAACAUCAGUGACCGCCCGACAACCUUUUCCCCGGUCAAGGGAAGUUGUGAGCGCAAUGUGUCCCUAAGCCCCUCUCCGCCGACUGAUUGGAGCGUCCGAUUCCUUCCCCUCUACCCCCAGCCCAGGCUGUGCGUGUCGGCUGUGUUGUCUGGAGAUGGUCAUAAUGCUGGUUGCCUUUGCGGCCCCGGUCGCGGGCAGACCGUCAGCAAUUUGCACACCGAGACCACCGAAACCGAUGUCCAUGCAGCUAAGACUGGCGCUGGCCCCAGGAGGACCAAGGGCGACUCCACCACCCCGACGAUCAUUGCUGGUUGGCCGCCCCUGAUAAGGCGGGCCUCGCUGGCUCCCUCUGCUGGUGGGGGCAUGCGAGCCGGGACGUGCAUAAUCCAUUCUCAGGCCGUGCACGGCCGCGCGAUGGGGGUCGGGGAAUAUCGACCAGCAAAUGAGAAGAGAGGCCCAGCCUACUGGAUAUUACGGGAAGAGGAGCAGUGGGCAGAGUCGCAGAGGGCGGGGCGAGGAGCCCCAGAGGAUUUUUUGCGGUGGACUGCUCCAUCUUCAAGCAAAAAACCGGCCAAGGAUGAGACGGUGGGGAGAGUGAGUUUGCCGAUCGCUGCGGCCGGUGACAUGGAACGACCGUGCACUAGUCCCAACAAAUCACUCUCGAGCUCCUCUGCCAAACUGAUGAUGCCCACGCCAGCAACGAGGGAUCUGCAGCCAGAUUCAGAUGGAAUUUGUAUAUACCUCAAGAUGUGGAUGUACGCAAUGCAGGACCCCAGCGGUCUCCGCUUGCAGAAGAGCCAAGUUCUAUACGAAUGA